CCGAAAGACAAGGCUGCGCCCGGGUUCCGGUCCGCAGGGAGACCGAAGGGCACCGCUCCUCGCGCCUCCCGGAGCCCCGGAGUGCCGACCCCCCAGGGAUGUGAGUGUGCCCCCGACCCGAGGCCCGCGCUCCACGCCCCGACCUGCGGCCCGCGCCCGGAGGACCUCCGCCCACAACCCCCGCGCCUUCCCGAGGCCCGCCUGGAGCAUGCUGCCUGCAGCCAUGAACGGCCUCGGCCUGGUGCUGCUGGCCGCCCUGCUGUGCUCUGCGCCCGCUCAUGGCCUGUGGUGCCAGGACUGCACCCUGACCACCAACUCGAGCCACUGCACCCCAAAGCAGUGCCAGCCGUCGGAUACAGUGUGCGCCAGCGUCCGGAUCACCGACCCCAGUAGCAGCAGGAAGGAUCAUUCCGUGAACAAGAUGUGCGCCUCAUCCUGUGACUUCGUGAAGCGACACUUCUUCUCAGACUAUCUGAUGGGCUUCAUUAACUCUGGGAUCUUAAAAGUGGACGUGGACUGUUGCGGGGGAGACCUGUGCAAUGGGGGGCCGGGGGCGGGGGGCAGCCCCUGGGCCCUGGCCGGGGGCCUCCUGCUCAGCCUCGGGCCUGCCCUCCUUGGGGCUGGGCCCUGAGGCCCUCUCCCUCCUGCAGGGCUCUGAGCUUCCUCCCUGGAGCCUGGCCCUCGCCCCUCCCUGAGCCGUGUGGCUUCCCUCUCUCCACCAGCUCUGAGUCCCGGCCAGCAGGACGCCUCUAGGAAACCCAGUGUCUGCAGGAGGACCCGGACCCGGGGGGUG